CGAGUUUGGUCGCAUCGCGAAGUCGUGUUUUACCAGCGGGGAGUACGUAAAGAAGAGUGUCGCACUGUCCUACCACGACCCGUGAGGGAUGAACACGGAGCACCCAAGUGAAAGACCAAUCGAGUUCUUUCGUGCCAUGGUGUAUUGCUGCUCGUCUUGCGUAAAAGAUAAGUGUGUGAAUCAUCUUUGCGCCGAGCAGUUACGUGUACCAGAAGGAGCACUUUUGUUGCUGAUUGUUUACUUACACAGCUGGUAGUCGUACGAUUUGUAAACGUCUUGCUUCUUGAACAUCAUCGGUAAGAUGCCAGCGGGAGACGGAGCGGACUUGGUGUUUAGUCCGACGCGGUCGCCACGGCUGCGGUUCGGCGGUGGGCUCUCCAGCCUGCUGAGCAUGACGGACAAAAUGAAUAAAACGGUUGCGGAGCUCAAGGAAGGCCAUUUCGACACUGUCAAGGGCCACGAAGCCGUACAGAGCCUCCAGACCAAACUGAUGCGCUUGCAGGACCACUUCGACGUACUACUGUUUCUUACAAGACCACUCGUUGUGGGCCGCUCCUUGUAGUUGUGAUUGAUGUGGGCGGAGGUUUGCAACCGCAGAAGAACCUCGUGAUGUGUCCCUGCUGCAGCGCUUGUAGUACACUGCAUUCUAGUUUUCGUAUUUCAAAAUAUGUACACGACUUAUCACUAUGUAUCAAAUGAACAGGACAAUAUCGGCGAGGUGCAGCAAAACAUAGUCGAGCAUGCGGCCUUCUACGCUACUAACCCGCAGGUGCUCGGAGGUAAAAACCGACUAAUAGAUAGACUGGAGUGCAGCCUUUAAUAUUCUGUGUUUCGCUGUAUUUUACGUUCGUGCGACGACGAAUGAAGAAUUCCCGUGCCAUUAUUUCGUCGCAUUUUCGUUUGCGAGGAAGAUACUUAACGGAAACGGCGAGCCCUACUUAAAACAAAACACAACCUCAACAGGUAUGGUAAAAUUGACCGAGGUGCUUGGGCUAGCGAGUGUGCUGCUCGCGCAAAAGGCAGAUGCCAUUCAGGAGUUGCUAGAAACCUACCUUGCACCGCUAGAGCAACAAUUCAAACUAAGCCGGCAAAAGUGGGACAACCUGGAGGAAGAAGUAAAAGUCUACCGCACACAAGUCAACCAAGCACUGGAGAGGGGGAACAAAUACGAAACCGAGGUAGAUAAAGUAGAAGCCUGUUUCCAUUGUACACGUCACUGACUCGAUCGUUCUCAUUGCCUCUUUUGUUUUUCUUACCUCAUCAAAUCCAAGCAUUCCUUGAUCUCCUACAUAAGUUUCAGUAGUGGUUUUAUUUGCAAAACAAAGUACCGUUCUAGGCUUGCAUCCAAUUUCCAAAAAUUUACUGACAAGGUAACCAUGCACCUGAAAAACGCGAAGGAAUCAAUGCGCAAGAAGCUUGUGGAAGAAGUAGAGCGGAAAGUUAGCGGUAUGUGCACUUUGAUUGCUGCUCCUGACAGCGUCAGCUUUCCUUUAGAAGAGUUGUUCUGAUGUCUACUUAAUAGAGUGCAGUCGGUCCAGUCCUACUUAGAUGAGCAUGAGGAGUUCUUGGAAUAUAGCAGACUAAUCAUCACUCAGAUGUGACCAACCGGAAUCAUGAGCUGCAGCGCCAAGUGAAGCAACUCGAGUUCCAAUUGAAACGGCAAGCCAGUGCGAAAGCGAUGUCGUCCUCGGGGGGAGUACGCUCUACAGUCAUCACAGCCGCACAUGGAUCGGGACCGGUACAAAAACCAGCUAGAUUUUUACUUCUAUCAAAGAGAACCGGUCAGUAGCUAGUGCUGGACUCGUAUGCCGGAAUUGCCGUGGUGCUUUCGCUUCCUUCUGUGUGUUUUUUCCAGUGUGAAUCAAUACGUAUACUCCUCCGCCUCUUGUGUAGUUGAGCAGCUCUUUACUAGGGAGCCAGUGUGGCAGAAACGUUCUUGCCCUGACAAUUAAGUAUCAGAAGUGUCGCCGCUUUUAUUGAACAGCCCGACAGUGCCGCACUGCGCAACAUCGAGAUGGUAGAAAAAGUGAAUGAACUCGAGUUCCUAUUGGAGCACGAGAAGGGGGAGAUGCUCACACCGAUGAUCAAAGACGCGUGCAACUACCUGAGGACCUUGCUGGCAAUGAAGGAUGACGACCAGCCACCAGCAGCAGCAGGAGGAGCGGUACCAGAGUCUUUGUUUUAGUACACGUAGGCAGACAGAAAGAUACACCAUGUGGCUGCUUCACGCCCCCCACAUGAUGAUCGGUGGCUAGUUUUCAGGCGACGCAUGCUUUUCUGCAACUACCACGAUACUCAUUGACUUUUCUUCUUCUUGUCAAUUCACGAUACAAACGAUUCAGCAUAGCAUAAGGAUAAGCGUAAAACUCUUUCAAUCUCUUUUUCCCAGGCCGCCAGUUCGUCCAGUAGUCGCCCCCGUGGAAACUCAAAUCGACCGUUGUUUUAUUCAGAAGCGCCUGAUAGCGACGCCAUCCCAGCAGUGAACCUCCACACUUCCGGCGAAGGCGGUACAAUAAAGCGGAACAUCACAAAUUACAUGCACACAGCAAGCGCAUCGUCCCAACCACACCCAAGCUCGUCGUCAUCGUCUUCGCAACCACAGUAUCCGAGCGUUGCGGGAACAGUGUUGCACAACUAUCCCAGUAGUGCAACAAGUGCUGCAGGUGCCCCCACAACAUCUGCGCAACAACGACCAAGUUUCACGUCGCAAACCGACGCCUCGCAGCAAGCCGCAGGCGCGGGUCUGCAAUCUCCUACCUCAAGUCUGUAUUCGCAUCAGUCGUCCCUGCGGGUCGGCGGGCAGUCGGGGGACUACCACCGCGCACUGGGCAUCGUAAAACCGCCAGAUGGUGGCCAGCAACCUGGGGCGGAGCAGAGCGAAAACGAGUCCGUCUUUUCUGCCCCCCGGCUUGGAUAGACGAGGUUGAGCAAGAAAACUUGUCACAGCAACAUCUGCGCAGUGACAAUGAAAGAGCAAAAAUACAAAUGCUUCAAAACUAGUCUGCAAAUCGACUUUCAGUUUCACGUAUCAAUUUCAAACGUAAAGAGUAAAGCAACAUACAACUUAGCCUACAACUUAGGCAACUGAGAGCGGAAUUUCACCGGUCUCCUCCUGUCAUCGAGAACUAUAGAUACUUACGCACAGAACGCUCGUUGGAACACUAGAACGUCCAUUGCCGUCGUCCGAUGAAGCCGACACCUGUACAACAGCUUCAUAGGACGACGACGAGCAGCAAAAAAACUUCCUAGCUGGUUGUGUUUUCGAGUCUGAACCCUUGUACUUUUGCUGAUUUACUUUCAAAAAAGAACUUGAGAAUAUGUAACAAAUUGUCUCGUCUCUUCACACACCAGACUAGAGAAUACGAAUAACAUGGCACCAUCGCCAGUCCGUGUCAUCGAACCCCCUCUCAGACGUCCUGCCAUGAAUGUCCUUAACAUCAUGAUUUUGCAAAAUGUCCAACGAUGUCAGAAAAAAGCUCAUGAAAAAGUACAAGACUACGACUCAGCACACAAAAACACGUAAGAGUUAGAAUGCAAGCCUGCUGCAUGAGAUCGUGGUGUGAAAAACUGUAGCGGCC